CGUUGACGUAAGCUGACAGCUGUGAGUUUCAUUUAUCUGUGCUCGUGCUACCGGCCGGCGCAGUUUUUCCUCAAAAACAGCACAGAAUGGCUUUUCAGUGUCAAAGAGACUGCUAUAUGAAAGAGUUUGUUACCUCUGUGGUUUCCUGCUGCCCUGCGGAACUAAAACAAGAAGUAAAUGGAAAGAAAGAAACUACCAAAGGCUUCCAUGUCAAGCUCCAAGAUACCAUCUUAUUUCCCGAGGGAGGUGGCCAGCCAGAUGACCAUGGAUUCAUUGGAGAUGUUCCAGUUUUAAGGGUGACAAGACAGGGACCAGACGCCCUGCAUUUUGUGGCCUCCCCUCUGGAGGUGGGCCAGGAGGUUCACGUAAAGGUAGACUGGGAGAGGAGAUUUGAUCACAUGCAGCAACACUCGGGUCAGCAUUUGAUCACAGCUUUGGCAGACACAAUGUUUGGAUAUAAGACCACAUCAUGGGAACUGGGUCGUCAAAGAAGCACCAUUGAGCUGGACACACCCUGCGUGAAACCUGGCCAGCUUCAGGAACUGGAAGAAACUGUAAAUGAGAAGAUCAUGGCUCGCAUUCCUGUCAUGGUUCAGCUUCUCUCUAUAGAUGACCCUGCUGUGGAGAAGGUGAGAAGUCGAGGGCUGCCAGAGGACCACGCAGGGCCCAUUCGGAUCAUUGAUAUAGAGGGCAUCGAUGCCAACAUGUGCUGUGGAACCCAUGUGUCUAACCUCAGUCACUUACAGGUAAUAAAGCUACUGGGAACUGAGAAGGGAAAGAAAAACAAAACCAACCUGAUUUUCCUGGCAGGAAACAGGGUACUUAAAUACGCAGAGAAAAGCUACAACACAGAGCGUUCGCUGGUGUCACUUCUAAAGACGGGACCAGAUGAGCACGUCGAGGCAGUCGACAAGUUGCAGAAGUCUGUUAAGCUGCUGCAGAAAACUAACCUGAGCCUGCUUCGAGAUAUGGCGGUCCUCAUCGCUCAGAGCUUUAAGAAUGAUCCUCACAAAGGCAGCUUCUUCACCUUGCACAAAAAAGAGGGUGACAAUGAGUUUAUGAAUAUCAUUGCCAAUGAAAUAAACACUGAGGAAACGCUGGUUUUCCUGACUGUUGGAGAAGAAAAGGGACCUGGUUUGUUUCUCCUGGCUGGACCCAGUGAACUAGUGACUGAGCUGGGACCACAGAUGUUAGAGUUGCUUCAGGGAAAGGGAGCAGGGAAGAAUGGGCGAUUCCAAGGCAAAGCCAACAGCCUGGCACGGAGAGGAGACGUGGAGGCUUUACUGAAGCAGCGCUGCAAGAAUCCCAGCUCACAGGAAGAAUGAAUUUUCAGGAGAAAGAAUUUUUUUUUUUAUAUAUAUAUUUCCAAAAAGGGAACAUUAAGGUUAGCUUACCUGGCUGCCUUAAAUAUCCAUAAUCUGCAGUAACCUCUAAAUGGUGUAUUAGAUUACAAAUAGAAAAUGUAUAUAAGUUGACAUCUGUCCCAACAUGUGCUGUACAUAUUUGAAUAUUAAA